CCUUGCCUUACUAUUUUCAAAUAAAAUAAAUGUGUGGAAUAAGAAUGGCUUUGACCAUUUAAAUAAUUUGACUAAAGCUAGCAAAAGACACGAAAAUCCUAAAUGUCGCGUCGAUUCUUUGGUAAAAUUGAAGCGAUUUGCAAAUGAAAGCGGAAUAGAAUUUAACAUUUACAAAUCUUAAACAUAAGACUUAAGUUUAUACACAUUAUUGACAAAAACUUAAUCUCUGCAAAAGUCGGGAAUUGUUAAAAAGCGGUCAACUUGGACGUAAAUGACAAAGUGAGCGCUACCUGUAGCGUUCGGCGGCCGACCGAAUCCCACCACCUCGUUUCCAUUCUUUCGUCUCUUUCCUCUUACUUUUUCCGCUCGGUUUCUUUUGUUUUAGAAACCGUCGCCCGAACUUCUUAAGAUUUCCACCGACGUCUCCGGGGAAAAAGGUCGGCCACCUCGUCGGCAUCGAGGAUUUCGUCCGCCAGGUGGAGCGAAAAAUCCGGUCCGGGCGUUCGACGCGUCCGAGUCUCCAGCGGAUUUGCCGGAAUAACUUUCGCCUCGGACGUCCGUCGUCCUUUCGCCGUCUUCCUGGUCUGUUCGCUCGUUCCCGACUCCUUUGCUUCUACUUUACCUGACGCGAAAAUGAAUCAGAAGAGUCCCGUUUACAGUUAUGCAUCGUCAAUUUCCAGGGAAGGUUCUGUUGGUAGCAUGACGAGCGAUCGACAGGAAGGUUUGGUUCGGCCAGAUGGUACUUUCUGUUCUUCACGUCAUGCGGAAUGCAGUUUACAGAGAAUGAAGUCCUUAUUUGUAAAUCGUCAGUUAACGGACGUCGUACUUAAAGUAGAAAAUUUAAGAAUUCCAGCUCAUCGUUUGGUCCUUAGUGCCGCUAGUGAUUACUUUGCUGCUAUGUUUACGAAUGAUCUGAGAGAAGCUUUUCAACAGGAAGUUGAACUUCAGGCCGUUAAUGCAGAAGCACUUCAAGCUUUAAUUUAUUAUUGCUAUACUGGUGAAAUCGAUAUCCAUGAAGAUACGGUUGAGACAUUGCUAUCAACUGCCAAUUUAUUACAAUUAUCAGAAGUAGUAGAAGCUUGUUGUAAAUUUAUGAUGUGUCGUUUAAAUCCAUCUAAUUGCAUUGGGAUAUGUUUGUUUGCAGAAAGUCAGAGUUGUGUUCAACUUCAUAAUGUGGCUUAUAAUUAUAUAAUGGGUCUGAACAGAACUGGAAAGCCAGGAAAUAAGAUUUUUAGCAGAAAAAGUCAGGGAAUCUGCAAAUACUGUGGAAUCUGCCUGUUGCUUUUGGUCCUUUUUGAUCCAAACACAUCUUUAAAUUUAGUUUGGUAUAGGGAGGUCUACAAAAACUGGAGCAACCAAACAAGAUUUGUUUUUAUUGCAGACCAUGUUGAGGCCAAUCCCUUAUUUAGGGAGGAUCGUAUGUGUCAAGAUUUAAUUAUGGAAGCACUUAAGUAUCAUCUGCUUCCCGAAAGACGAUCUAUGUUACAGUCACCACGUACCAAACCGAGAAAGUCUACCGUUGGUAGUUUAUAUAUUAUUGGUGGAAUGGAUGGACAUAAAGGAUCUACAAGUAUACAGAAAUACGAUCUUCGAACUAAUAGUUGGUCACAUUUCAGUAACAUGAAUGGACGUAGACUUCAAUUUGGUGCUGCUGUGCUCGAUAAUAAACUAUAUAUUGUAGGUGGUAGAGAUGGAUUAAAGACAUUAAAUACAGUUGAAUGUUAUGAUUUAAAAACUAAGAGUUGGUCUGGAGUUCCUGCUAUGUCAACACACAGACAUGGACUCGGUGUUGGUGUCUUAGAAGGACCUAUGUAUGCUGUUGGUGGACAUGAUGGAUGGAGUUAUUUAAACACAGUUGAAAGAUGGGACCCUCAGUCACAUCAAUGGAGUUAUGUGGCCCCAAUGAAUACUCAACGAAGUACAGCUGGGAUAGCCAUUCUGAAUAAUAGAUUGUAUGCUGUUGGUGGAAGAGAUGGAAGUUCUUGUUUAAGAUGUGUAGAAUGCUUUGACCCACAUACAAAUAAAUGGACUCUCUGUGCACCUAUGAUGAAGAGAAGAGGUGGUGUUGGGGUCGGUGUUGCCAAUGAAUACUUAUUUGCUCUAGGUGGACAUGAUGCACCAGCUGUAAAUCCAAGUGCUUCACGUUUCGAUUGUGUAGAAAGGUAUGAUCCUAAAACAGACACCUGGACUUCAGUUGCUCCGAUGAGCGUUCGGAGAGAUGCUAUUGGAGUUUCUCUUUUAGGACACAAAUUAUUUGCGAUUGGUGGUUACGAUGGACAAAAUUAUCUGAAUCUUGUACAAACUUAUGAUCCUCAGUCAAAUGAAUGGGAAGAGGUAUGACUUAUUGGUUUAUUAAUAUGUUUACAUGUAAAAUUAUGGCAUUUAAUAUUUUGUGGUUAUUAUAGAAACCAAAUAAUUUAAUUAUUUAAAUAUUUGAGAUACAGAACUUUAACAUAAUUAAAAUAUUUAUAUACAAAAAACAAAAUUUUAGUUAGUAGAGAACUUCAGUUUAUCAGUGUUAAAACCACAAGUACUUGUACAGAGUUUAAACAUUUUCAGCAAUGCAAUAAUGUUGUCAUCAGACAUGAUAGUAGAACUGAUAUAGAAGCUUUUGAAAAUGAAUGCUUUGAAUUUAAAUUUUUCAUGUGAUACAAAGAAGCAAGUAACAAAAUUUAAAUUUAAAGAAAGCAUAUAGUAAAAAUUUAACAAAAAUAUAGAAUAGGUCAGAAUUGACUACAGAAUAAUCAUUGUUGAUUGACCACAUAAUUUCUUGUUGGAAAUAAUGUGAAAAACUGUUAUCCAUGUUUUGAUAGGAUAUGGCAUAGGAUAGGCAUUCCACAGAUAUUCAUGGCAAAAGGUUUAUGAUGCCACUUCCAGUCAUUUGGAAUUUUUUCUCUAAACACCCAAACGAAGUAUUUUUUAGUGCAAGAGUAUUGUGACAUGUAUUGAUACAAUAUCUUUUGUUGGGGGAGUGUAAUGACUCAGUAUUGGAAGCAGAAAAACUAUACAGUCAGCAAUAUCCUGACAUGAAUGCUGCCCAGAUCUCCAAGUCAUCUGGUUUUGCCAAAUGUGCAAAACAGUAGGGUCAUACCACUGCUGAAUGUAGACAAUGGAAAUGUAUGUUUUCUGCUUACACUAACUAUUGAGGAUGCUGUACUAGCAUUGAUAUAGGAAUUUCCAACGACCAUUAGCCAUGCAAUUUUGCAACAGUUAAAUGUACAUCAAAGUAUUAUACUAUCCAUUAUAAAUGACAAAGACCUGCAUUAAUAUCAGUUCACAUGAAUGGUAGAUCUUCAUCAGCAGGAUUGCCUUCAGAGAUAGGAGUAUUGUAAGUUGCUUUUACAGCAACAUACCUUGGAUAAUACUUUCAUCCACCAGAUCUUGUGAACUAAUGAAGCAACAGUGAUGUUUAGGCAUUUUGAAAAUCCCCAUGCUACAUGUUCACACAUUUACCAAGUCCAUUGGAAUAUCAAUAUUUGGUGCAAUAUUUUGUGCAAAAUUCUAGUAGGACAUCAUCUUCCUGAAUGUCUGACAGCUGGAAACUACAUAGUAUUAUUUUGCACAUUGUUCUGCCAGAUUUUUUAGAUGAAAUAACUGGUUUUUAUUUUUAGUCUAUGGUUUUGUAAUAAGCAAACAAUUACAAAUUACA